GCAUCACCUCUUCAAAGUUCACAUCCAUAUCUUUUCUGUCUGUGCUUCCAUGGCUUUACCUAAGUUGAUCACAGCACUUCUCUUUGUUUUGGCUUUUGCGAAGAUAGAGAUUUCAACAUGCUAUGUUGUGAAGGGCAAGGUCUCUUGCCAUGACUGCAGUCACAAUGAUGUCUUCUCGGGCAUUAAGGUUCUUGUGAAGUGUGAUCGAGUUAAAAAGUUGGCUACGGCAAUCACAGAAGAUGAUGGCUCUUUUGAAGUCGCGCUUCCCUCAGACAGUACUCCAAAAUCAUCUCCUCCACUGAAUUGCUAUGCCAAGCUUCUAGGGGGACCAACCCAGCUCUAUGCCUCAAAGAAAAACAUGGUAUCCAAAAUUAUCACAACCCAUGAGCCUAACACCUACACCAUCUCCACUCCUCUCAGCUUUUCCAAAUCUUGCCCUUCUACCAUCGAAGCUGCGAAAUGCAAGCCCAUCAAGAACAAGUUUGGUUCAUCCAAGACCUUCGAUCUGCCUCUGCCACCAGAGUGGGGUUUAGCACCAUCUAGCUAUUAUUUUCCUAUCCCUUUCUUUCCCAUCAUUGGCAUACCUUGAUUAUCUAUGACAGUGGUUUAUGUAGUAUAAUAAUAUACUGUGUUGGGUAAAAAUGGUAUAAUAUAGGGCUGUACUAUAUGUUUGUGUGAAGAUUGAAGAAGACUUUCAACACUUUUAAGAAGUUUCUUUUGUGGUAUUGUAAGUUAUUGGACUCAAAUAAGACGCAACUGUGGUGCUUGGAAUGUGUUGCUAAUUUACUAUA